AUUUCAGAGAGCUAUGCCUUCCUUCCAAGAGAAGCGGUGACACGAUUUCUAAUGAGCUGCUCAGAGUGCCAGAAAAGAAUGCAUUUAAACCCAGAUGGAACAGAUCAUAAAGAUAACGGAAAACCUCCCACUUUGGUGACCAGCAUGAUUGACUACAACAUGCCAAUUACCAUGGCCUACAUGAAGCACAUGAAACUGCAGCUGCUAAACUCACAGCAAGAUGAGGAUGAAAGUUCAAUAGAAAGUGAUGAAUUUGACAUGAGUGAUUCAACACGGAUGUCAGCUGUGAACUCUGAUCUUAGCUCCAAUCUUGAAGAAAGAAUGCAAAGUCCCCAGAAUCUUCAUGGCCAGCAAGAUGGUACCCUGGGCACCCUUAUUUUCCAAAGCUCCAGGUGCUGUUUUCCUUGGGACUCAAAUGCAGAGUCUUUGGUUCAAAUGCUAUGGUACCCAGGCUGAAACCUUGAGAGAAGAACCAUCGCCCUGGCCCAGUGAACCUGAAGGCCAUACCCACAGAUCUUAAUACUGCACCCUCUGUGUAGCAGCUACUCAGGAUGGAGCAAACUAUGUUAGAUGAUUCUGCUGCAGAGAGCUUUAAUGGCAAUGAGACUCUGGGGCAGAGUUCAAUUGCUUCAGGGGGAACACACAGCAGGGAGAUGGGAGACUCCAACAGUGAUGGCAAAACUGGGCUGGAGCAAGAUGAACAGCCACUGAACCUGAGUGACAGUCCCCUCUCUGCACAGCUAACUUCGGAAUACAGAAUAGAUGAUCACAACAGUAAUGGGAAAAACAAAUAUAAGAAUCUUCUAAUUUCUGACCUCAAGAUGGAACGAGAGGCGAGAGAAAAUGGAAGCAAGUCUCCUGCACAUAGUUACUCCAGCUAUGACUCUGGCAAAAAUGAGAGUGUGGACCGAGGAGCUGAGGACCUCUCACUAAACAGGGGAGAUGAGGACGAAGAUGACCACGAGGACCAUGACGAUUCCGAGAAAGUUAAUGAGACAGACGGCGUUGAAGCCGAGCGACUGAAAGCUUUUAAUAUGUUUGUCAGGCUGUUUGUAGAUGAAAACUUGGACCGAAUGGUCCCAAUCUCUAAGCAGCCCAAAGAAAAGAUCCAGGCUAUCAUUGACUCAUGCAGGCGACAAUUCCCUGAGUAUCAAGAGCGUGCCAGAAAACGUAUACGUACUUACCUCAAGUCCUGCAGGCGGAUGAAAAGAAGUGGUUUUGAGAUGUCUCGACCUAUUCCUUCCCACCUUACUUCAGCAGUUGCAGAGAGUAUCUUGGCUUCAGCUUGUGAGAGUGAGAGUAGAAAUGCCGCCAAGAGGAUGCGUCUGGAGAGACAGCAGGAUGAGUCUGCUCCAGCUGACAAACAGUGUAAACCAGAGGCGACCCAGGCCACUUACUCAACAUCAGCUGUUCCAGGCUCACAGGAUGUGCUGUACAUCAACGGAAAUGGGACCUAUAGUUACCAUAGUUACAGAGGGCUCGGAGGGGGUCUGCUAAAUCUGAAUGAUGCUUCCAGUAGUGGACCCACUGAUCUCAGCAUGAAGAGGCAAUUGGCGACUAGCUCAGGAUCCUCCAGCAGCUCAAACUCCAGACCCCAGCUGAGUCCCACUGAAAUCAAUGCCGUGCGACAGCUUGUUGCAGGAUAUCGAGAGUCAGCUGCAUUUUUAUUGCGAUCUGCAGAUGAACUGGAAAAUCUCAUUUUACAACAGAACUGAGACAGACGACCACCGUAUUCACUGAGGUCUAAAUUUGCAGUUUCCACUAAUGACAUUUUGAUUUCCCAACAGAGAUACUUCUGGUCUUACCGCAGUCUUUUAAGAGAAAUACUUCCAUUAUGCCACAUUGUCCUUGAUCCAUAAGUGAUGUGUUAAGGUGCUUCAAAGGAACUCUGACCUCUGAAGUACUUGAGAUACUUUAAUAUGUCCAGCCUAUUGCUUUUUGUUUUAGUGUGUCAGCAUAAAUAUCAGGGGCAUAAAAGGCUAUCUAUUCUUAAUUCAAGGAUAAAACAGAAGAAGCUUGUGGUAUAAAACAGUAGUUCAAGAUUCAGCUGAAAUAUUAGUGGAAUUUGCUACUGACUCAUUGGACUGAAAGCUGAAGUACCUGGCAAAAAAAAAAAAAAAAAAGCCAAAUUUCUUGUUGCUACAGGAUAUAACAACAAUGAAAAGGAUCUUGUAUUUUAAAAAAAAAAAAUGUAAUUUUUAUAAAAAGAAAACUUGUUUUUCAUUCAAACUUGUCAUUUUUACUUUGGUAACUUUUUCAUAGGUCCUAAAAGAAAACUGUUUUGAGAAACUACUGUAAGUACCUUUUCCACAUCCCUUGCCUUCUCCUCUUUCCAAAUUCUUUCUACAAAAAUAACACUUGAUGCUGGAAAAACCCUUGCCUACGUUCUUUCAAUCAUCACAUCAGGAACUACUUCCAAGAAAAGCCUGCAUUUCUGCACUCAUGCUGAUCUCAAAAACCCCACUCAACACUGCAACUUUAUCAUAGCAGUUUUCAUCCCAGAAUUUUUUUAAUAUUAAGACAAGACAUAUCAUUGAAAAAAAAUCACACCUUGGUUUCUUAGAGCUGCUCGUUCCUGAUUGCCGCUGCUGUCUCCAGGCAUCCCUCUAGCAGCAACUGGAUGUAGAUGACUGAAUGUUAAGAGGUUGCAAGUGACAAUCUGAAAAUUUGCACUCUUGUGUGUAGUUUUCUUUUCAUUUCCCUCAGAAAUAGUUUCCAAAAAGAUCAUUACAUCUCCUGAUAUGAUUUGUAUAAUUUUCAGUUCUAGCUAAAAGUAAUGUAAAGAACACUCAGCAGAUGCAGCUGCAACUUACAAUGAACUGUGCCCUCCUAUCCCCCAUAUUUUAUCCUUGUUUCUUAUUUUAUAGUGUGGGAUACACAUGAGUGGUGUUUUCUUUGUGCACUGAGGCAAGCCUAUUUUUAAAAUAUUUAGGGAGAAGUACUUUCGUUCAUGCUUCUCGUACAACUUUUUUCUGUCAUUUGGCUUUGGUUGGAUUACAGAUUCUUUGUGCAUUCCUGAAUUUGCCUUAUUUCAUGUAAAAUUUAUGUCAUUCAGUUUUUGACCAUGAGUUUGAAGCAUCAGUGGUAUUUCUUAUCUACUUGUUACAUAUAGUUUUUCAAGUAAUGACUGUGAUUGUGACCGAGUAAUGUGCACUUUUUCUUGUAACUGUGGACAUUGCUAUGCUUUUUUCUUCUAGUGUUUCUAGAAUUACUGUUCCUUACAGUUACGUAAACAAAAAACAAAACAAAACAAACAAAAAAAAACUUUUGUGAUACUGUUGGUGAAUAUAAUGUGAAAAUCUUAUUGAAAUAUGAGUAUUUUGGGAAUACAUAGCUGCACAAACAUCUUUUAAGAUGUGGAUUUAGAGUUUGCUUAUUUAAAUGAAAAUUCAAAAAUUGAGGGCUGGUAUAAUUUUCUCUGUUUUGUUUGGUUUAAUAAACAGAUUUCUGUGUUAAAA